AUGGAAGAAAAGGAGCCGAGACUGCGCGCACUUUUCCACGCCUGUGAUAUUAACCGUUCCGGUCAGAUCGAGUAUGAGGAGUUUUUCACAGUCUGCCGGGAGCUACAAGUACACGAGUCCCACAUCGACACGAUCUUCCACAAACUAGACUCAAACAGGGACGGCUGCAUCAACUUCCACGAAUUCACCGAAGGCUUUCACGAAGUUUCCAAGAUGAGCAACUUGGGAGCUGUGGGUGCUGCCCCGGACUGGGAUGAGUUCCAGCAAAGACUGGGGACGAAGCUAAAAUUUCUUAAAAGAUCUGCACAAGUUGCUGCCCUUUACGAGAACCUGACAACAACAGAACCCAGGCUGAUUCUCCAGUUUGAAUCUGUGAUCAUGAACUUCAUUCGAGAUUCCAUGUUGCAAAAUGCAGAAUUGGAAAAACUAGCCCAGAGUGUGAAAAGGACACAGGAUGAGGCUGCACAACAAGUGACUGAGCUCGAGGAGGAUAUAGAUCAGCGAAUAAAGGCUGCAGUCCAGGCUUGCCAAAAAGAGGAACAAAGAAAAGCUGAGUUUGCUUUCACUAACCUAAAACAUCAAUAUGAUAGUAAUGUAAAUGAACUCCAGCUAACAGUCGCAAAACUGAAAAAGUUAGAAGAACAAUACAGAUCAUUUAGUCCAAAGGAGGAGACUGUUGCAUUGAAAAGAAAAAUAAAUGAUUUUACUUUGGAAAAUGAUAAACUGAGGAAAGAACUACUUGAAGCUCAGACAAACAUAAUGCUGCUGCAAAGCGAAAUAGAUACUUUGAAAAGUGACUAUGCAGAUCAAAGUUUGAAUUUAGAACGGAAUCAUGAAAUGGUCAGAGGGUAUACGGAUGAUAGGGACAGCCUAACACAUCAGAUUGAAAUGCUUCAGUCAGCUAACAGAAAGCUACAUGAUAGCAAUGAUGGUUUACGAUCGGCCCUGGAAAACAGUUUCAGCAAAUAUAAAACGUCUUUGCAUGCAACAAGUUCCUCACCAGGAAGUGUCAUGUUUAGAAGUAGCCCAAAGCAUUCUGGAUACCAGAGUCCUCAGACUUUACCAUAUGAUAGGUCAUCCAGAUCUUCUUACUUAGAUGAAGACAUGGAGUCACUUGCUGUAUGUGACCCAAUGCGCAGAGCAAGUUGUGAAGUUGAAAGCUUAACUGAAAGCUGUUUUGACAGUGGCAUGUCCACAAUGAGAGAUUCAAAUGAAUAUGAUUCUGAGGGUGAAUUCAAACAUCACAGACAUUUUGAAAGAACACAUUGUGCGCAAGAAGCCUUUGGAGAAGAUGCUUCUGACACUGAUGUGCUCGACAUGCAGGAUGAGAUGGCUUUUAGCCAGGACAGUACAAACACUGUUUUGGACUGGAAACCCUCGCAAGCAGUGAGUCGGAGCAAUUCUGGAGUCUCCUCUUCACGGCGCUGUAUCUCUGCAUUUUCACCACAGCCUACUAGCACAGCUGGGAACUUCAAAUAUCCUCAGUCAGAAAAGACUUUCAAGAUAGUGCUUGCUGGGGAUGCAGCUGUGGGCAAAUCAAGCUUUCUGCUACGACUCUGCAAGAAUGAGUUUCGUGGGAACACCAGUGCCACUUUAGGAGUUGAUUUUCAGAUGAAAACUUUAAUUGUUGAUGGAGAACGAACAGUGUUGCAGUUAUGGGACACUGCAGGUCAAGAGAGAUUUCGGAGUAUUGCCAAAUCCUAUUUUAGACGUGCCGAUGGUGUUUUAUUGCUGUAUGAUAUCACGUGUGAAAAGAGUUUCCUCAAUGUCCGAGAAUGGGUUGACAUGAUUGAGGAUUCAACCAGUGAGAAUAUUCCUAUUAUGUUGGUGGGGAACAAGGCAGAUCUAAGAAACAGAGCAUCUCAAGAAGUACAGAAAUCAGUCCCCACAAGCUAUGGGGAGAAACUGGCCAUGACAUACAAUGCGCUAUUUUGUGAAACAAGUGCCAAAGAUGGCUCAAAUAUUAUUGAAGCAGUGCUUCACCUUGCUCGGGAAGUGAGGAAAAGACUGGAUGAAGAAACAGACGAGGAUUCUGUAACUAGUUUAUCCAGCACACACUUGAACAAAAAGUUGGCCAUGAAAAAUUGCUGUACUACAUAAUUAUGAAGAAUAAUCAUUGGAUUGACCUGUUCUGCAUUUUUGCAUACAUCUUAUGAUCAAGACACAUUGUU